AUGAAAACGCGCAUGAUUUUGUUGAUAAUUUUAAUAAGCGAUACUUUAGCGCGCCCAAGAUCCGAAAAGGAGUCGACCGUUGCGGAACAAUCUUCGAAAAUUGCAAUAUCAGAUCAAAUCGUUGAGACUGCAACGGGAGUUGGCGGCAUUAAAGGGAUAUCAGUUAUAAUACCAGUUUCAUCUUUUCCCAUAAUAAUAAUAAGAGCACCGAGAAAUUUUACAACGGAUGACGGACAAAUAAUAAGACUUGAAAAUGGAUCAACAAUAAUUGCGUCGACGUACAAUAAAACAGAUGUUCCGGGUGUUUUGCAAAUGGACAAAAAUGAAACAGCACAAGGUACAAAAGAGUCAAAAUUUACGCAGCCACAAACGCAAAAUCUAAACAAUAAAACGACUGACGAAUACAAAUCCGAAUCUCAAAAUAUGACGGGACAGAUUGACACGAAACAAAAAGGGAAAGAUAUUACAAAUGCUUCAACUAAAUGCAGAAUAUCAAAUGCAAUUAGAUGUGAAGAAAAAAAUAUUACAUUAAACGAUCAUAAAAAACAGCAUAAAGAAAAUAGUCCUAAAGGAGUAACUAACGAUAAAAGAAUCAGUAGCAAAGAACCACAAGACAAAGAAAAAUCACGUACUACAAAAAUAGACAAGAAUGCAUCGGAAAAAUACAAAAAUGAGAAAAAUGAUGAUAAAGUAAAAGAUUCAAAGGAAAUCGGAGAUAAGAUAAAAGAUAACAGACAAAAGACAAAAGAAGACAAAGAAGGGUCAGACAGUAAACCAAGAAAUGAUAAAGACAGAAGUAAAUUAGUGAGCGAAGAAGGAAGUGUAGAUGAUCGCAAAAAUACUGAUGUUAAUGGAAGAAACGAAGUGAACGAAACAAAUAAAGCAAAUAAGAAAGCAGAAGGUAAUAAGAAAGAUAAUGUAUUGCAAUUAGACGAUAAUAAUAAAAAAUUAAACAAAAAGGCAGAUUCUAUAACUGAAGCUAAAGAACAAAACGAGACAGGCGAGAGCAAAUCUGGUAAUAAAGGAACAAACAGCGAAACAGUAAAUAUAAAACAAUCUAUAGGUGAGAAAGAAAAGAAUCAAAAAGGAAAUAAAGAACAUCUCGUCGGCAAAGACGAACGAGAUAAGAAUGUAGAAACUUCACAAGAAAAAAGUAACUCCGUAAAAACUGUUACUAAUAAAAAUCAAUAUGAAGAAUUAGAAAAGAUGAUUAAUAAUAGAACAGUACUGGAUAAGUCUGUAGAACCAGGACACGAUAGCAAAAAGCCAUUAAGGAACGAAGAAGAUAAUAUGGAAGAUAUGAAAAAGAAAAACAUUACAAGAGACUCAUCAUUAACCGAUCAAGAACCAACGAAGAUAAAUAACACGAAAAAUGAAAGCAUUGAUAAAGACUCAGGUAAUAUAAAAAUUGACAUAAAUGGUGACAGGAAGAAUGUAAUGUAUUUUAAUAAAAAAAUGUCGAGCAAACUACUUCUCGUGACCCAAUUGUUGCUCAAAACGUGGCGGUGGCCACACGUAGUCUUGCGAUGGAUAAUGUGUAAGUUUUUUGGGUUCAGCAUCAAUUACGUUACAUAUAAAUCUAAAAUAUUCAGUCGAUGUAUAUAGGAAGUUCUUUAUACUUAAAAAUAUUUAUUAUAUGAUAGUUCAUAAUGUUCUGAUUUUAAACUAAUCUAAAAUUGAAUGCUUUCUUAUUUUUAUUAUAACUUCUCGAAUAAGAGAAACGAGGUUUAUGGCUGUAACAAGAUUGACACAUGUUUAUUCUUAUGUUUAUGUAAUACGUGAAAUCGAUUAAAUUAUUUAUGUGUAAUUGUUUAGAUACAAAAAUAUACCUAUAAAAUAUACAUAUUUAUAUCAUAGAAAAAUAAUAAAUGUAUUUUUACAACUGUGUUUUAAAAGUCAUUAUCUGCUUCCGCUAAAAUGAGUUACCAUCAAUUAAAUUAUCUUUAUCGUAUGGCAUUGAAUAAUUCCCACUAUUAUUAAUUUAAAUUAGUUGUGUAAUCAUUAAGAACAACGUUAUUUUUAAGUGGAUAUCCGAAAAAAUGAUGGCAGAAUUGUGGAUUGGCGAAAAUAAAACGCACACACGCAAAAUCUUAUAUAAAUAAAACAUGAAUAUACAACGUGGAUGUUUAAGUGCUUUUUUUAUACUGCGCAUAUACACAUGCGUGCACAUUUGCACAUGUAAUAAGCUAUGUAAUAAGCUUUGGGAUUGUUAUAUUUAAUCUAUCUUGAAAUAGCUAUUAGAGAAUAGGAGUGUACAAUUCAAUGGCACUGGCACUAGCCAAUUCACAUUAUCUUGCAUGGAUGAGUAACCCGAAAAGAACAGUGUUAUUACGAUAAUCGGUACAUUGUUAUUUAUGCUAACGUCAGCAAUACCAUUCGCGUUAUCAGAACGUUGCGAAAUAAACCGUGACGUGAGUUGUAUUACUUUAAAAACCGUUACCGUACCAUUUCUGCCAAAAUUAACAUAAGUGCAUAUUGCAAUAGCUUCUACAAAAUUACGGUAAUUUUCCACAAACAUGACUCAUGUCUUAUCUAUGUGCGUCACAAUUAUUACCAAACAAUUUAAUAUUACUCAGCGAAUAUAAGAAAUAUCAUCUUGAUACGCAAUUAAAAUAAAUUACUAUUGUAUAUAUCAUUGUAAUAUGUAUAUGUAUACACACAACACAUAUAAAAGUGGACAUUGCAUCAUUGCUCUACAAUCUUGUAGCAAUCUCGCAGUAACAUUUCACAACCAAGGACGUGGAUACUUUCCAGGAAGACAUGAUUCAAAAUGUUACUUUCAAAAUUAUUAUACCUAUAGAUUCAAAAUACACUUUUUGGUAUAUAAAUAUCUUCUGUUUAUCAAAGAAAGAGCAAACGUUUUUAGUAUUUUAUGUAUAGCAUCUCUUCUCUUUAUGAAAAGAAGAGCUGAUUCCAGGGGACGGGAGGGGCAGUGGCGCUUUUACCCUUCUUCUAUGAACAUCUCUGUUCACAACAUUUAUGUAAUGUUGCAAUCUUGUAAUUAAAUGCUGCUACAAUAUUGUUGCAAUCUGCUUAUUCUAUAUGGACGAGAAAACACUGACUAAAUCAUAAAAUAAUAAAUAUAAAAUUUUAUUAUGCAAUAUAUUGUGAACGUAACAUGAAUGUUAAGCUUAAGUACAUCCUUCUUAUAUUGCAUAUACCUACAUAGGUAACAUAGGUACGCAUACACAAAAGGUACAUACAUGAAAAGUUAAAAUAAAAUAUUUUUAUAGAAUAUAUCUCUACUGGAAAAAAUACGUGCAUAUAAACCGUGCGUAAAUAGCUUUGAAACAAAUUAUAUGAAUUCUGUUAAUUGUAUUAAUUCUAUCAUUCUUGUCUUUUACAUUUUAGUCACAUUAUACCUUCAAUAAAAUACUUUUCAAGAGAAUAGAGGUGUUCAACUCAUAUCAAUGAUACAUGUGACAAUUCACAUUAUUUGCAUAGUUGUGUUAUCGGGGCAUUUGAGGUAUUAUUAUACGUUCAAAUAGUGAGCAGAAUGGUGAGCAAAUUGUUAGUGCCAUUCAAUGUCGGCGUUAGGCACGUGCAACCGGUCAUCAUACGCGACCUCGCGGGCCCGCUUAACUUGAAAACUGGCUUUGGUGCUAUUAUAAUAUUGCGAAAUAUGUGACCUUACCUACAUCGCUUAAAAAAUUCCUGUAUAAUAUACACAGCUUCUCCUAAAUUACGAAAAUUGUCGAGAACACGACUCAUUUCCUAUCUAUGCCCGUACCAUUUAUUACAAUUCAAUAUUGUACAUCGUACAUAUAGUAUAAGAGAGAUGAUGUGUAAAUAUGCAAUUUAAAUAAAUUAUACCAUUGUACAUA